UGUGCAGAGAAGAAGGAAUUUUCUUCUCUCUCUUUGAAAUGAAGUUUUAUACCAUCUUUGCAUUUUUGCCGACUGUUGGUCUGUCCGUGGCUGGAACAUGCUCAGAGUAUACGAUAACAAAGAGUGUGGACUCUACUAUUCACAAGGCUUAUCAGUACCAGAGCCUGACAUUAGCUACCCUGAUAGAAUGUGCCUCCCACUGCCUGAGGGGGGCCAAGUGUAAAUCCCUCGCACACACGUCUUCACAGAUCUGUAAACUGUUCACAAAAUCUAAGGAGGACGACCCUGGCUUGGUCCAAACAGAGACAGGGACAUACUACGUCAGUAAAUCCGACCUUCCCACGGGGAUCGCUGGGACGUGCAGUGGACACAUUUGUGGAGAUGAUGACCUUUGCGUUCAGUCUGACACCACCUACCAAUGUAUUCCCGUUUAUGGAGGUAAGCGUUGCUCCGGACCACCGGGGGUGACAAACGCAGUAGUGGACUUCGAUGACCCCGAAACCCAUCCCUGGGGUACUGGGGACAACGUGAGAUUCAACUGCAGCAGCAACCUCGCCUCCACUGGGGGUCCCUCUGUUAUGACUUGUAUGGACACUGGCAUUUGGAGUUAUUCCUUCUCGUGUUAAAAUUCACUAAAGGCGUCCAUUGUGCAAUUAUAUAUGCUGCAUAAAAUUAAAGGCGAUUUUCGCCAGAGAAUUAAGUAUAAAACAGCUUGGUACUUCCCUGUUGCUAGACCAAUUUUGAUUCCACAAGAAAAAAAAAUAUUCUUCAACAGAGGAUUCAGAGCCAGUGCACCGAAGAAUUAUAUCAAACCGCCGGUUAUAUUUCAA